UUCAUCUUACAAUAGGGCGGUCUCUCAAGUUCCUGUGUUCAGGGAGCUGUUAGAGUUUAGGUGUUAAGAUGAGCUCGCUGUUGCUCAAAUCCAACUCCGAACGCUUGUCAGAAGUUUCCCUUCAGGGAAGUGAACACCAGAGCUUAAACAAACGUACUUCACAGCUUCUGCCUGCCUCUUCCAUUUAAGAAGGACUUUUAGUAUUAUCGAAACGGUGCUCGAACAGUUUCCCAGAAGAACUCCCAUGUCCUUACACGGUGACGGGGUGUUCUUGGCCAUUCUCAGCAAUUUGGGACUAAGCAAAGUGUUACAAUGAAAUCCCGACUUCCUCGAAGACUGCUGGUGUGGUUCAUUGCAUUGCUGGGCAUCGGAUUGUUGGCAAUAUUUAUGGUGUGCUUCGCUUUGCAGAUUCAAACUCCAUGGCAAACAGUUUCUUUCCCAAGCCUUAAACACAUCAGGUUUUAUAAUCUCAGAAAUGACACCAACAUCUCUUCGGAGUAUCAACUAUCUGCUGAGAAUGAACUGGACAUUAAUAAAGAACCGGAUCAGAGUGCAGAGCAGGAGCUUGAUCACCAAGAUGAAUCUGAAGACACAGAAAAAACAAAGCCUGUCACUCCAGAUCAAAACACCAACACAUUACAAAGGACAGAACCAAAAAAUGAGACUAAAAUAUUAAAACCAAAAAUGACACCACAGUUUGACUUUGGUGAGCAGUAUUUUGUGGAUGAAUUUCCUUCACAAACAGACUGUCCAAACAACAUCAGAAAGCAUGUGCCUCAGACCAAGUUCUCUGAGAUGUUUCUACACACCAUUCCAGUCCUGCAGUGGGCUAAGCAUUUAACUCCAGACGAGUAUGAACGACUGAGUCGCUAUGGUGGAGCACAUGGCUGGGGAGGCGUUACACUCGAUGAGUUGAAGAGCUCACUAGGAAUUAUGAACACGACAGCAAAUCGGUUAAUGUUUGACGACUGGGAGAAAAGAAUAAACAGAUCAGCGUGUAUCCGCUGUGCGGCAGUGGGAAAUGGGGGAAUACUGAAUGGAUCGAAAAAAGGAAAGGAGAUCGACGAACAUGACUACGUGUUCAGGGUGAAUGGUGCGGUUCUGAAGGGCUUCGAGGAGGACGUGGGAUCCAGAACGUCCUUUUACACAUUCUCGACAAACACCAUGCGAAACUCCAUGCGAAGCUAUCGUGGAGUGGGCUACAGAGGACCACCAAUAUCUGAGGUAAACAAGAUAUAUUUUCUGCCAGAUCACAACCGAGAUUACAUUCUUAUGACAGCAGCUGCCACACAUACCGUCAUUGAAAAAGGCCCUGAGCGCAGCAAAAAUCCCCCUAAAUACUUUGGUGAAGAUGUAACAGUGGAAAAGUUCAAAAUUUACCAUCCAGAUUUUACUCGUUACCUUAGAAACAGGUUUCUGCAUUCAGGCCUUCUGAGAACAGGUGCCAAAAGAUUUUACAGACCGUCCACAGGAGCAGUCAUGCUCCUGGCUGCUAUUCAUACGUGUGAUCAGGUCGAUGCUUACGGGUUCAUGACUCCAGACUGGAAGUUAUACUCGGACCACUACUAUGACAAAUAUUAUAAAACAGUGCGUUUCUUUGCCAAUCAUGACAUGCGUAUGGAGAUGAGGUUGUGGCAGGAGUUGCAUCAGGCGGGACUGAUGAAUCUCUUCAUGCGCCAGUGAGCACAAAAGAAGGAUUGCUGGUCUUUGUAUAAGGUGGGGUUUUUUUUACCAGAAAGAGGGUGGAAAUCAGCCGUGUGAAAACCCGGUCAUUCUUUGGUUCAUGGUAUUUGACAAUUCUGCUUUGAAAAUGAAGAUGAUAGGUUGUUUUCAUUGUUUACUGGGAACUGUGCAAAGAAUCUACAAAGGAGUGUCUUCGGUGACAUACUUUGAACUCUUGCAUCACAGUGUGAGGACUUAAAAACACAGUAAUAUAUUAGAGUAACAAACACACUCUAUAUUUUUGGCAUGUCUUUGUUCAUUCCAUAUGGUGGUAGGCUGGUAUAGUGUCAUUCUUUGCUUUAACUGUAAUCUCCAUGUGCCAUAGGAUCUCUGUGAGAGUCACACCCAAUCCACCAAAGAUAUGAUUUUAAUGUGAUUUUUUUAUUCUUAAUUAUAUUCCUUGUAUGAAUGUAAACAUUUAAAUAUGGUUAAUCCAUAAUGCACUUGUAGUGAUGCAUCACAUGAUUUAAAAAUGGUUUUCUGUUUUUAAGAGGACUUUUUAUAAUUUAUGUUUACAGCUUAAAACUGGAAGCUCUAAAGUGCUAACUUUUAUGUUCAGUGCACAGGCUGUUUGAAGUGAAGUGUAAAUAUUUUUAUUCAUUUUUCUAAGGUUACUAUGAUUGUAACAGUCAAAUGGUUUUUAAAUUAUUAUAUCUGCUUUGGUCAAAAGGUUAGGUAUUCGGUUUUAUCAUUUUUAAAACAAAUUGUAUACAUGACCAUUGUCACAAAUGACCAGACAAUGGAAAAUGAUCCUAAUAAUGACUAUUUGGUUUAUUUUGUGAUGAGAAUAAAUCUUUCAAAACUG